AUUAAAGAUUCAAAAAAUAUAUAUAUAUAUAUAUUUUUUUUUUUUUGGGUUUUAAGAUUCAAUCUAUUUACGGCUGCAGCAGCUAUAAUCAGUGUUGUUGAUUCCGUUUUGUGUCGGCUAGUAUAACCCGUAGAUUUAAUUUCAUUUCGGUUAACUUUCACCCAUUUCAGUCAAAUUUUGAUGUACCGUCGAUAUUUCGACGUAUCGACCGUGUUGAUUACCACUUUAAGAUUUUUUUUUUUUUUUGAGAAGAAAGAUCCCCUUUUUCUGGUGGCUGCCGAACCCCUCUGAUGAAAGUGAUGAAGGUGCCAAACCCCUUUUCGGUAUUUCGACCACCGGUGAUGAAGGUGGAAGCUGUGAUGAUGAUGAGACGCAAGAAGAUUAUCAAGAUCGGAGUCCGCACCGGGGCUUGCGGUUAGAUCUGCUUCGUCUUUUCUCCUUUUUUCUUUUCUUUUUUUUUUUUUGGCUGCUUGGUGAUUAGUGAGGGUGAUGGCGAUGAGAGUGAUGAUCAGCAAGAGGAUGGUGAAGAUCGGAGGUGAUGGUGGCGGUCACGGAUCUGCAGAAGGGAGAAAAAUCGAGAGGCUUGCCUCUUUUUUUCUGUUUUCUCCUUUUUCUUUUUCUGUUUGCCGCCCCCUUCCUGAUUCUGUCGUCUCCUUCCCCCUUUAAAAGAGAGGAAACUAGGGUUUUCUAUUAUUGCUAAAUUUGGGUUUUGAUGGGCUGGUUUAUGAAAUUGGGUUGAGACUUGGACUAAAUUGUCGGUGGGCUCAAUAUUGGGUUUUGAGCUGGAUAAUAGGGUUUAUCUUGGUAGAUUUCAUCCUCAAUUUUUUAAUUUCUUCGGUUGAGUCUUUUUCUUUUCUGUUUUUUCUUGAACUUCUUUCCCAAAAUUUUUUUACAGCAAUAAAUUUAAAAUAAAAAGUUUUGAUGUCC